AUGCCCAAGGGUGCCGAGCGCGAUACCAGGCCAUCGAUUGCAAGUGUCCGCGUCUUCAUAUUCGCCUUCAGACACCAUCUAUUUUUCCUCGGACGCGCCAAGAAGUUUGAGGAAGAAGCGGGACGAACUCUUCGCGCCCACUUGCGCAAGCUUCUAGAAGACGGCACACUAACGGACGCAAAGCAAAUCCGAUACAUCACCGACCCGGGCGGCCUCCUCGCUCUAGCAAGGGCCACGACCUCCCCUUUGACCGGAAUGAAGGCGCCAAGAAGUAAGCCGAUCCUCAUGCUCUUCAUGUCGAUCGAGAUCCAGAUGGGCACCAGGGGGGCGGCCCAUAUGGCGAAAAGCUACACCGACGACCUGCCGGCGAUGACGUACUCGUGCUUUGUGCUCGUUGUAGGUCCGAGUGAGGAAGGACGAAACAGCCUGUCGCUGCAAUACAAACCCCCCCGUUCGAAGACGAAGACUACCAAGGACUCGGUCCUCCCCCUGCGAGAGACGCCCGAACGGUGGCGGUGCCCAGUCACCCACUUCCUGACGCUUGCUCAGUUGGAUGGCGUGCUGCCAUUCACCGUUGAGGAGAUUCUAGCCCCUGCCUUCCUGGCCGGCAGCGCGGGCGACCGCACCGUGGCGUUUAACGGGCCCAACGGGGACAAGGUCAUCUUCCGCAACAUCAAUGGCGAGCCGUACACAACGUCGGGCAUGUCGAGAUGGCUUGCUAGAUUGUCCCGGGUCAUUGGGUUUACCCAUCCCCUGGGCCUGCACUCGUUCCGUCACCUCUUGGCGUUCUGGAUGAGGUUGAAGGCGGACGUGCAAGCCGCAGUGCAGGGCUCUGAGUCGACGACGGACCAGCUGAUUGCUACCAUCUCGCUUCAUCCCCACGUUCUCAAGGCGAACCCGUCAGCGACUAUAGCGCUCUCCGCGGCUCAUCGAUGUGAAAUUCUCCAGCAUCCAGAUCGUGGGUGUCUUCCUCUUAACGCUCUAACCCUUACAGUCGAAGCCAUCAAGAGCAAGAUCAGCCGCGGUCGCACCCGUGCCCGUAACCGCUACGGCAACGACAUGUCGCGCUGGCCUUCAAAGGUCAAGAAUGAUAUGAAGAAGCUAUGGGGGAGGCUGGAUUCGAAUUACCGGAGGCUGUACAAGAACAAGAUUGAGGAGCUCAAUGGCUCCUCGCCCGAAGCCGACGAGUACAACGCGAUCGACAAUCUUCCGGCGGACGGGGAAGCGGUAGAGUUUGACAUCGAUGCGACAGAGGACGUUCUCGGUUCGAUCGACAUCGACACGGUAGGCGACCUGGGCGACUUCAUUCACAGUGUCGUGAGUCCCGACGACCUCGAUCUGGAACUCGACCAGGAGCCGCUGUCUGUGCCCCAGGCCCCCGACGACCUCGAUCUGGAACUCGACCAGGAGCCGCUGUCUGUGCCCCAGCCCCCCGACGCCCAGGCGCUCGGUCUUGUUCCAGCCUCCGGACCACCCUCGCAUUUUGAGCCAUUGCGCGCGUGGCGCGAGUCUCUCUUCGACGGCGAGAGCGAUAUCGCCGAGGUCAUACGGCUCGGUGUCGAAGCCGUCGAGAGGCUCCAAGACUCUCGCGGUACAAGGAUCCUCCGGCCUGGCCAUUCCCCGUCGAGUGGACAAUGUCGUCGAUGCGGCGUGCAGCUUCCCGGUGGCAAACACUGGGAUGACAACCUCCGUUACGCGACGCACGUGCACAAGUGCGAAGCCGCGCACGCCAUCGCGAUGGCGGCGCCAACGCUGCUCUCGCGGUACAAGUCUACAGACAUCCCAUUCCCCGAGCCGCGCGGCCCUAAGGGCAACAGAUGGGCCUCCACGGAUCAGAAUGUCUACCAGAUCCUGAAGAGCGUGAUCAAGCGACGGCGACCGAUCCGUUGCGUCUGUGACCAAGAUUUCGAUAGCGCCAGACUGCUGAAGGAGCAUUUGCUGCUUGAGCACGACGUGUAUCUUCCUCAAACCGCACCCGCCUCGGAACAAGCCCGCCUGCAGAAGGACGUGGCCAAGGGCGUGUGGGACCAGGGUGUUGCUCGCUUCACAGCGAUCUACUGGCUCUCCGACGAACGCUACCACGUGGAUCCUCGUGAACAGCAACUGUAUGCCAAGUUCCUGCUCGACAGCCUGUUUGCGGUGCCUUCGAAACCCGUCAAGUUUGGACUCCGCAAGGACCUCACGUCGUUGACGCGCACGCCGGACGCGGAUACGUACUCGGGCAACGGAAACGUCGAUGUCCGUUACUGUCUGCGCGAUGCCGACGACGGCCGCCGCUGUGACGGAUUCUGCAUAAUCUGCAUCAAUGACCAUUACUCCGACUCGACCACGCGAGCUACGCCUUUGAGCUUCAUUGCGACUUCGCGCCGCGAACACGUCCUGCACCACCUUCUCGCGCAGUUCGCGGCGUGCCGUAUGUACCGGCAGUACAAGGCAGCACACGACGCCUUCCAUGGGGCCUCGAGCACUGCACCCGCGGCCGGAGGCGACGGCGACAUCGACAUGGACUCAGAUGAUGAGGCCGGUCCAAGUCUCGCAGUAGACCCCUUGCAAGACGAUAUCAGCGACACGCCGCACAACGGCUCACCUGACCUGGGCGACGUUGACGCCGGGAACGACACCGACGGCGAGGCGUCGGCUGGACCACCUGAUUCAGACGGCACUGUGACCGCACCGCGCCGCAGUGGACGCCUGUCGCAAACCAGCCAGGCAGCCCAGUCCGAGUCGGCAGCUUCGAUGGGGUCCAGGGCAGCGUCUCACUCCAAGUCUCAGCCCACGCCUGUGGGCUCGUCAUCCGCGCCAUCCAACACCCACACCGCCCUUGCGUCUAAGAAUGAGUCCUCAGAUGAGCAAGCAUCCGACUCCGGCUCUGCUUUCGAGCCCGAGUCUGAGUCUGACGCCGAGACUGCGUCCCAGCUCAAGCCUAACGCUAAGGGGAAGGGCAAGGUCAAAGCGACACCCAACCCCAUGGCCGGGGUGGUUGGUUAA